AUGUUUUCACUGCCACAACUAGUUUUGAGGGUUCUCCAAUUUCUCUGCGUCCUCAUAGCCCUCGCUCUCGUCGCUUCGGCCAUAGAUGACCAGUUUUUCGGCAACUCAAGUGUGAACUGGGCCAUGUUUGUCGCCGUUUUCUCAAUCAUUGUCGUUUUCUAUGGAAUGGCAGCCGCAUUUACAGAGUCGCUAGCACAGCCCAUGAUCCUGGGUGCGAUGGACGGUCUUGCUACCCUUUUCAACUUCAUCGCUGGUGUUGUUCUUGCCGCCAGACUCGGUGUACACAGCUGCAGUAACAGAGGGUAUCUCGUCAGCAACGGCUUGACACAGGGAAUGUCAGGAAGAUGCCGAGAGCUCCAGGCGGCCACCGCAUUUUUCUGGUUCGCUUUUGCCUUGUUCGCUGCGUCCAUCGCCAUGGAUUUCAUGGGUGGAGGUUCCAGCAUGGCUCGUCGUAGCAACGUUCGCAAAAGCGGACCGACCAUGUCCCAAGUCUAA